CGUAGGGAUCGUUAGAUACCUACUUUUUUGAGAGCGCCUUUUUAGUGGCAUGCCCCAUUACUGUAGUUAAGCGCGCGUUUAGGUGACCAUCUGCGUGUGGCGCCGAAAGUGGAUCAAGGGUCCCUAUCCCCCCAUUUUGCGACGCCUGUCACCGCCAAAAUUUUCCAGUCAGAUCCAACUUUGCAUACCUACCUUAGUUUGGGAGGUUGUUCUUUGAAAGGAUCAAAUUGACUACUGCUAUUAUAAACCCAAAUAAUGGUGUCGCCUGUCGAUCCCGAAUGUGCGACUGCUGUGUCAGACGACGAAAUCUUGUCUGGUGCCGCUUCAUCCUCUGAAGAAUCUGACUACCUCGACAGCGCCACAUCUCGAAAACGCCGGAGGACAACAGAAGUGCCCCAGACUGAAGGUAACAAGAUCGAAGACGAGGAUGAGGUAGACAACGAGGUGAAAAGAGUUCUCUCUACUAUCAAGGUCCCGUCUCGAAUCAAGCGAGCCGUUCAAGUCGACCAGGAGGAGGCUCAAACUAAAGCCUUGAACACACCCAAGAACUCGAUUCAGGCUCCUACCGACCCAAAUACCACCUUUUCUUCCCUCAACGUGCGACCAUGGCUGGUACAGUCACUAGCAAAUAUGGCUAUCAAACGGCCGACGGGGAUUCAAAAGGGCUGUAUUCCCGAGAUCUUGAAAGGCAGGGAUUGUAUUGGCGGCAGUCGAACAGGUUCCGGUAAAACAGUAGCAUUCGCUGUGCCUAUCUUGCAGAAAUGGUCAGAGGAUCCUACUGCCAUCUUUGCUAUCGUCUUAACACCAACAAGAGAACUAGCACUGCAGAUUUUUGAGCAGUUCAAAGCCAUCUCUUCUCCUCAGAGCCUCAAGGCGAUCUUGGUGACAGGAGGCUCAGAUAUGCGCACACAGGCCAUUGAGAUCGGAAAGCGGCCGCAUGUGAUAAUUGCAACCCCUGGUCGUCUGGCGGAUCAUAUUCGAACUUCCGGAGAGGAUACCAUUUGCGGAUUGAGGAGAGUUCGAUACGUGGUUCUUGAUGAAGCUGAUCGCCUUCUCAACGCCAAUGGGCCUGGCAGUAUGCUUCCUGACGUGGAAGAGUGCCUCUCUGUUCUUCCCCCAGCUACCGAGAGACAGACGCUUCUGUUUACUGCUACUAUUACUCCCGAAGUUCGAGCUCUCAAGGACAUGCCAAUCAAGCCUGGAAAGCAACCAGUAUUCGUGUGUGAGGUUGACACGCAGACAUUGGCUAUACCUACAACGUUGAAACAGAUGUACCUCAAGACACCCGUCACUCAUAAGGAGCACUACCUCCACGUCUUCUUGCUCACCGAAGCAAAUGUCGACAAAACUGUUAUCCUAUUCUGCAACCGAACCUCGACCGCCGACUACCUUCACCACCUUCUUCGAAUGCUUGAUCAUCGAGUGACCUCUCUGCACUCUAAGCUUCCUCAAAGACAGCGAAUCGACAACUUGGCUCGAUUCCGCGCUUCAGCGGCACGUAUCCUUGUAGCAACCGACGUUGCCGCUCGUGGUUUGGAUAUUCCUGAAGUCAGCCUUGUUAUCAACUACGAUCUCCCACGCGACCCCGAUGACUACAUCCAUCGGGUCGGUCGUACAGCCCGCGCGGGUCGUAAAGGUGAGGCGGUCAGCUUUGUGGGUCAGCGUGACGUUGAACUGGCCCUUACAAUCGAGAAGCGUGUCGGUCGUGAUAUGGAAUCUUGGGAGGAAGAGGGCGUCAAUCUCGAGACUCGUGUGGUUCGCGAUGCCCUCAAGAUCGUGUCUGAGAAGAAACGCGAGGCUUUAUUGGAGGUAGAGGAAGGGAGGGAAGUCGGUGGCAAGCGAAAGCGCACAAAGCAAAAGUUGCGAGCGGAAUAAACCAUUGGGUUCUCUGGAUCAAACGGAUAGACAAAAGCGUAUUCUUAAUAUUGAUUCAAGAGGCUAACGAUCCAUCUCAUGUAGACGUACAUUUGCGUAACAGGCAGAGCUCCACCGACCUGCACAUGCCUAAAGCCAUUCCAAAAGCACAACCAGGU